CUUACUAUAAAAGCAUGUGCACAGGUGACGCCCGUCCCCAUUGGCCCUGCACAAGAAAGGACAGACAAGGAUAGAGCUCCACCAUGGUGCACAAAGUAGCAGUGAUCGGGGCAGGCCCCUCUGGUCUGACCAGCAUUAAGGCUUGUCUGGAUGAGGGCAUGGUGCCAAUCUGUUUCGAAAGCAGUGAUGAUAUGGGCGGACUAUGGAAGUUCAAGGAGGUUUCAGAGCCAAACAGGGCUAGCAUCUACCGCUCCCUUACCAUCAACAUUUCCAAGGAGAUGAUGUGCUACAGUGACUUCCCCAUCCCUGCUGAUUACCCCAACUACAUGCACCACUCUAAAAUCCUGAAAUACUUCAGGAUGUAUGCAGAACACUUUAAACUGCUGCAACACAUUCGCUUUCAGACAUCAGUCAAGAGUGUUAAACAGAGAUCAGACUUUUCCCGCACUGGUCAGUGGGAAGUGGUGACAGAGAACAGAGAUGGACAGGAGGAGAGGCAUGUCUUUGAUGCCGUCAUCUGCUGCUCUGGUCACUACACCUACCCUAACCUGCCGCUCAAAGACUUCCCAGGAAUUGAGACGUUUGAAGGCAAAUACUUCCACAGCUGGGACUACAAGGGGCCUGAACACAUGAUCGGGAAGAGAGUGGUGGUCAUCGGCAUUGGUAACUCAGGAGGUGACAUCGCUGUGGAGAGCAGCAGAGUGGCAGAGCAGGUGUAUAUGAGCACUCGUCGUGGCGCCUGGGUCAUCCGUCAGGUUUCCGACAACGGCCUGCCAGUGGACAUGAAGUACAACACGCGCUUUGUCCACAUCCUCUUCCAGCUGUUGCCCAUCAACAUCCUUAACUGGAUUGGCGAGAACAAACUCAACGCCAUGUAUGACCAUACCAUGUAUGCCCUCAAACCCAAACACAGACUCUUCAGUCAGAUCCCAGUGAUCAACGAUGACCUGCCGCUGAAGAUUCUGUCUGGGUCGGUCAUUAUCAAACCAAACGUGAAGGAGAUCCGUGGCUCCACCGUGGUGUUUGAUGAUGGCAGCACUGUGGAAAACGUGGAUGUAAUCGUGUUCGCCACAGGCUACAGCUAUGAUUUCCCUUACCUGCCGAGCAAUGCUAUGUACAAGUCCGGGCACCGUGUGGGUCUGUACAAGCACGUCUUCCCUCCCAACCUGGAGCACCCCACUCUGGCUAUUGUGGGCUUCAUCCAUGCUCUUGGAGCCAUCAUGCCCCAGGCUGAGAUGCAAGCCCGCUGGGUCGCACGUGUCUUCAAAGGGCAGAAAAAGCUGCCCUCAAACCAGGCCAUGAUAAAGGCUGUGGAGCAGGACACCAAGGACAUUUCCAAAAACUACAUUGUGUCAAAGCUGACACCCCUGCAGGUGGACUUUGUUUCCUACAUGGAUGACUUAGCCGGGGAAGUUGGGGUGCGGCCCAGUCUCCUCUGGCUCUUCUUCACAGACUACACAAUGUUUAAGAAGGUUUUGUGGGGACCUGUCACUGCCUACCAGUACCGCUUGAUGGGACCAGGGAAAUGGGAGGGAGCCCGCAAAGCAAUCCUUACCCAGUUUGACCGCAUGUACCAGCCACUAAAAACCAGACAGCUGGAGGCACAAGAGACCUCCAUCGCUGGCCGCCUGUUUAAGCUGAGCCUGACUGCCAUCGCUGGAGGAGCUGCUGUCUACUACGUCCAUGUGCGCAGCCCAGACACCAUCCCUACCCUGCUGUCCAAAAUCCGCCCACAAGCAGUCUAAACAUGCUGCAUCAAUCAAGCAAUUCGAAACAUGCUAAGCAAACACUAUAUCUUAAUCUAGUUCAGUUCACUCCUGAUAAGCUGGUGAUUAUGGCAAUGAUUAGAGGGGUCGCUGUCUGAGCUGCUGAUUAAUGCUCCAGGUAUUCCAUUCAUUAGUCCAUCUACUGCAUCUAUACAUUUAGUUUAUCUAAAUGCCUAAACUUUUUCCUAAAAAGAAAAGUGAUGCUGACAUGCAGCUAUUUACAUUAAAUAAAAAAUGUACAGGAGAUGUCACAAAUCCUGGUUUACAUUGUGUAUCUACACAAUUAUUCACAAUUAACACAAACACUCAUUGCCAAUGAGGACUGCUGUCAGCAUCCAUUCUGUGCAGUAUCCUAGUCGUGGUUAAAUAUAGACGAAUAAAUGCUUACUAAUAGUAUAAAGGCAGAUUUAUACUUGUGCGUCAGCUCUAUGCAAAGCCUACGCCGUUGUCUAUGCAUGUGACCCACGCUGUGUGGGCAUUUAUACUUGUGGUCUGUCUGUGUCACUCUGCAAUUACACCUCCAAACCACUAGUUGGCAUUCAGGUUUCUGUGAAGUGCUGUAAAGUUUAAUUGAUUAAAACUCACCCAAGCAAA